AUGGGGGCCACGAGACUCUCUCAUAAUGACUACGCUGUUGCCUGGGUUUGCGCAUUGCCGCUGGAGAUGACAGCUGCAAAGGUCAUGCUCAAGGAGACACAUGAAUCCCUUCCUCAACCGCCGACUGAUCCCAAUGCCUAUACACUUGGCUCAAUGAGUGGCCAUAAUAUAGUUAUUGCCUGCCUACCGUCUGGCGUCUAUGGGACAACAUCUGCUACGGCGGUUGUAGCUAAGAUGCACUCAACAUUUCCCUCCCUAAAAUUUGCCUUGAUGGUGGGUAUCGGAGGUGGCGUACCCAGCACAAGCACCGAUGUUCGCCUUGGGGAUGUGGUAGUUAGUACACCGUCCAAUACUUCCAGUGGCGUGAUACAGUAUGAUUACGGGAAGACACUGCCUGAUGGACGCCUUCAGCGCACCGGCUGCCUCAACAAGCCCCCGCAAGUAUUGCUAAACGCUGUGUCUCAAAUACGCAGUGAUCACAUGCUCAGAGAGACAGAUGUUGAAGAGACUAUUUCCAAUACGCUAAACACGUAUGAACAAUUGAAAAAAGAAUUCUCCCGACCUGAGAGAGACUGGCUUUUCAGCGCAGAUUAUGUGCAUCCCAACAAUAACCCUGAUUGCUCGGUGUGUGACCAGAGCCGAUUAGUGAAACGCGCAUUACGAACAUCUCACAAGCUUCAAAUUCAUUACGGUUUAAUCGCAUCUGGAAACCAAGUCAUGAAGGACGCUAAGACGCGAGACUCUAUUGCCGAAGCAUCGAAUAUUCUCUGCUUUGAAAUGGAGGCGGCUGGACUUAUGGAUCAGCUCCAUUGUUUGGUGAUCCGAGGUAUCUGCGAUUACUGUGAUUCUCACAAGAACAAAGAAUGGCAAGGGUACGCAGCCCUGGCUGCCGCUGCUUAUUCUCAGCUGCUCUUGACAGUUGUCCCUCAUCAAGAGAAUGACAGCCCGAGAUAUGAUGCAAAGGUUCAGCUGAAUGAAAGAUUAAAAGCAAGGCAGAUGGAUAUCCUGAAGAAGCUUAAUGUGUCGCCAUAUCGAGAUCAAAAGGACCGUAAUCCUGAUCGAAUACCAGGGACUUGCCAGUGGUUUGUUAACCAUACAAUCUUUCAAGACUGGCAAGCAAGCCAGACAUCACGAAUGCUUUGGAUCUCCGCAAAUCCUGGAUGUGGAAAGUCUGUACUUGCCAAAUACCUCGCAGAUUCCAUUCUCUCAAAAGGCGUGUCUCAAACAGUUGGAUACUUCUUCUUUAAAGAUGACUUUGAAGAACAAAAAAGUAUCACAAAUGCGCUAUGUUGCAUCCUUCACCAGCUCUUUAGCCAGAAUCGUGACCUGCUUACCGAAACCCUCAUCGAGCAAUUUGAAAUGAAUGAAAGGAUUACCAACUCGUUCAGUGAACUUUGGAGCAUCCUUAUCAGUUCCGCGAAAGAAAAGCAUGCUGGAGAAAUUAUAUGCCUUUUGGACGCCUUAGAUGAAUGUGAACAACAUGGAUGGUCCCAAUUUACGGAAGCCUUGCGCAGGCUUUAUACAGAUGAGACUCGGCAUAAUUUCACUCUGAAAUUCCUGAUUACUAGUCGCCCCUAUGGUCGUAUCCGGCGGGGCUUUCAGCCUCUUGACAUACCUGGACAGCCUAUCAUUCAUCUUAGUGGCGAAAGUGAUGUCGAGAUGGAGAAGAUUUCCCAAGAGAUUGUUAUUUUUAUUGAAGCAAGGGUCAAGGAAGUAAAGGCUCGACUACGGCUCACAGAAGAUGAGCAGAAUCUCUUGCUUCAAAAUCUUACUCGUGUUCCCAACAGAACAUAUCUCUGGGUCUAUCUGACCUUGAACUUAAUUGAGAACAAGGACGACAUUGACAAAAGAGGGAUAGUGGAGGUUACCUCAAACCUCCCACAGUCCGUUGAUGAGGCUUAUGAGCAAAUCCUAUCAAGGAGCACAGAUUCUCAAAAAGCCAAGAAAUUACUUCAUAUUGUGGUUGGAGCAGCGCGACCAUUGAACCUGCAGGAGAUGAACCUCGCCCUGGUCCUGAGAAAGGGUCACCAAUCUUAUGCCGACCUCGCUCUCGGACCAGACGACCGUUUUCGCGAAAUCAUGCAAGGCCUAUGCGGACUCUUUGUCACCAUUAUAGAUUCCAAAAUUUAUCUACUUCACCAAACGGCAAGGGAAUUUUUGCUUCAAGAUACUCUCGAGAAGAAACCUGGUGCUGUUGAAAGAAGAUUUAAAUGGAGGCAUUCCUUAAGGUUGCAAGAAUCGCACAGUAUCCUCGCAAUGAUCUGUAUCCAACUCUUACUCUUCACCGAGUUUGAGAAGGCCCAAAUACUUACAGGUGAUAUACGCAGACUCACCGACAGCUACGUCUUUUUUGACUACACUGCUAGAUACUGGACAGCUCAUCUUUUGGAGUCAGAUCUCAAGACUGAUGCCAUGUUACAAUCCCUGCUUAUGAUUUGUGAUGCAAGUACAGCUCGCUGCAAAGUCUGGUUCCGGAUUUAUUGGUCUUCUAUGAACAUAGACUUUCCCACUGGUUUCUCUACUCUUAUGGUUGCAUCAUAUUUCGGCCUUACUCCUAUUGUUGAACACUUGGUCAAAAAGGGUGGAAUUGAUCUGGACGCCAAAGACGAUGUGCACGGCCGAUCGGCCCUAUCUUGGGCAGCGGGAAAUGGCCAUAGUGCUAUCGUGAAACUCUUGACGAAAAGGUCCUUGAAAAAGCUCUUGAAGAAGAGGACUCAUGUUGAUUCAGGAGAUAAGCACAACCGGACUCCACUUUCGUGGGCUGUCUUGAAUGGGCAUGUGGAGGCAGUCAGCCUGUUACUCAAAGCAGGAGCUACAGUUAACACGACGGACGACAUUGGCGGGACGCCAAUUUUUUAUGCCAUUUGUAGUGAGUCUACUGGAAUAGUAACGCUUCUGAUGAAGCAAGAAACCCAGAUUCUGUCCACGGAUGAUAUGCAAAAAGAGCUUCUACUUUCAGCUGCAAAAGAAGGACAUGAGCCGGUGGUGAAGCUCCUACUGGAGAAAGAUGCGGACGUGGAGUCCAAGGAUAGCCAAUACGGUCGGACACUGCUCUCAUGGGCGGCCGAGAACGGCCACAAAGCAGUGGUGAAGCUGCUGCUUGAGAAGGAUGCGGAUGUGGAGUGCAAGGAUAGCCAAUAUGGUCGAACGCCGCUCUUAUGGGCGGCUGAGAAUGGCCACGAACCGGUGGUAGGGCUUCUGCUUGAGGAGACUGGUCUAGAGUCCAAAGUGCAGGAUAUACAAAAGUUCCGGGAUAUAGUUGGAGUUGUUGUUCUUCUUCACAGCCCGCUCUCGGUUGAUGCGCUGGCACGCUUCCUUGACAUCUCCCCACAUCAUAUUAUUGAUCAACUACAAUCACUUGAUUCACUUCGCACAAUUUUCAACAUGCCAACUGAUCCUGAUGAGAUACUUCAGUUUCUUCAUUUACAUUUCCGAUCUUUUCUCCUCAACACCGAAACUGCCCUCCGAGUGGAGAAGCGUGAGAUACACCAGAAAAUACUUGUACGAUGUCUACGCAUCAUGGACAACUUCCUCAAGCAGAAUAUCUGCGGUUUACCGAGCUAUGCAGCAGGACGCAAGGAUAUCAAUGAUGAGACUAUUGAUCAGUGCCUUCCGGAACAUCUGCAAUACUCAUGUUGCCAUUGGGUAUAUCAUUUGAAGCAGAGCGAUGAGCCUGUUAAUGAUGAAGUGUGUGGUUUUCUGGAGAAGCACCUCCUUCAUUGGCUGGAAACUAUGAGCAUAAUGGGGAUGGUGCUCGAGACUGUUGGUAUCUUAAAUACAUUAAUGGCAGUGCUAAUGCUUUAUUAUUCCGGAAUUGCGUUUGCGCCUGAAGGGUCAGUAAUUAGAAAAGAAUUUGAAGAAAAACCUCUCAGGUUGAUGGCUGCCUUGCCAACAACAAAGCAAUCAUGGAGCGCACUUUUGCAGACGCUCGAGGGCCAUUCCAAUCGGGUUAACACUGUAGUCUUCUCUCCAGACGGCCAGAUAGUGGCCUCGGGCUCCAGGGAUCAAACUGUUAGGCUCUGGGAUGCUAAGACUGGAAAAGAACUCCAGAUGCUCCAUGGCCAUACAGAAUCAGUUACUAAUGUGGCCUUCUCUCCGGACGGCCAGAUAGUGGCCUCAGGCUCCCUUGAUGGAACCAUUCAGAUCUGGGAUACUAAGUCUGGAAAAGAACUGCAGACGCCCCAGCACUAUAUAGGUAUAAAGGACACUAUGGCCUUCUCCCCAGACGGCCAGAUAGUGGCAUCAGUCUCCUAUGAUGAAUCCAUUCGGCUCUGGGAAGCCAAGACUGGAAGAGAGCUCCAGAAGCUCCAGGGCCAUUCAGAUUGGGUUAACACUGUGGCCUUCUCUCCAGACAGCCAAAUAGUGGCCUCAGGCUCUGAUGAUAAAACUAUUCAGCUCUGGGAUGUCAAGACUGGAAGACAGUACCAAACACUCCGGGGCCAUUCAGGGCGGGUUAAAACAGUAGUCUUCUCUCCAGAUGGCCAGAUGGUAGCCUCAGGCUCUGAUGACUCCAUUCGGCUCUGGGAUGUUAAGACUGGAAGACAGUAUCAGACACUUCGGGGCCAUUCAGGUCGGCUUAAAACUGUGGCCUUCUCUCCUGAUGGCCAGAUGGUAGCCUCAGGCUUCAAUGAUGACUCCAUCCAGCUCUGGGAUGCUAAGACUGGAAGAGAACUCCAGAGGCUCUGGGGCUAUUCAAGUUUAAGUAACAUGGUUUUCUCUCCAGAUGGCCAGAUACUGGCCUCAGGCUCUCAUGAUGAAACUAUCCAGCUCUGGGAUACUAAGACUGGAAAAGACCUUCAGGUGCUCCAGGCUUCAGAUUGGGUUAGCACUGUGGCCUUUUCACCAGACAGUCAGAUAGUGGCCUCAGGCUCCAAUGGUGGAACUGUUCAGCUCUGGGAUGCCAAGUCUGGAAGAGAAUCCCAGAUGCCCCAGGGCCAUUCAGAUUUAGUUAAUACUAUGGUCUUCUCUCCAGACGGCCAGAUACUGGCCUCAGGCUCUUGUGAUGAAACAAUCAGGCUCUGGGAUGCCAAGACUGGAGCACUGCGCGAAGUUCUGCAUGCAAAGAUGGCAAUCGGUUCAAUAAGGUUCUCAACGCAAGGACCAUACUUGGAAACUGACAAUGGCUCCUUUAGGAUUCAGCCCUUCAAUAGUGACCAUCACCCAGCUUCAGAUGAGCACAACCCUCAGAUAUCCUUAGUAGAGGACUGGGUGGUCCUUGGAGGUGUAAAAGUAUUGUGGCUCCCGUUUGAGUAUCGUCAGCCAAGUUGCUCGGCUAUCAAAGAUCGAGCUCUUGCUCUUGGCUAUCCUGACGGGCGAGUUUGUAUUCUGCAAUUCCAUAGGGAACAUCCAUCCCUACAUUAA